AUGUCUCGGCGCAAGCAGGCCAAGCCCCAGCACCUCAAGUCGGACGAGGAGCUGCCGCCGCCGGACGGGGCUCCCGAGCACGCCGCCCCGGGGGAAGGCGCGGACGACGCCGACAGCGGGCCCGAGAGCCGCAGCGGAGGCGAGGAGACCAGCGUGUGCGAGAAAUGCUGCGCCGAGUUCUUCAAGUGGGCAGACUUCUUGGAGCACCAGCGGAGCUGCACCAAGCUCCCGCCCGUGCUGAUCGUGCACGAGGACGCGCCCGCGCCGCCCCCCGAGGACUUUCCCGAACCUUCGCCCACCAGCUCCCCCAGCGAGCGCGCCGAAAGCGAGGCAGCGGAGGAGGCGGGCGCGGAGGGCGCGGAGAGCGAGGCCAGGCCGGCGGAGAAGGAGGCCGAGCCCAUGGACGCGGAACCCGCGGGGGACACUCGCGUGCCCCGGCCCCCGCCCGCGGCCCCUGCACCCCCCACGCCCGCCUACGGCGCGCCCAGCACCAACGUGACCCUGGAGGCGCUGCUGAGCACCAAGGUGGCCGUGGCGCAGUUUUCGCAGGGCGCACGCGCAGCGGGCGGCUCGGGCACAGGUGGCGGCGUGGCGACUGCCGCCGUGCCUCUGAUCCUGGAGCAGCUCAUGGCCCUGCAGCAGCAGCAGAUCCACCAGCUGCAGCUCAUCGAGCAGAUCCGCAGCCAGGUGGCCCUCAUGCAGCGCCCGCCUCCGCGGCCCUCGCUCAGUCCUGCGGCCGCCCCGAGCGCACCGGGCCCGGCCCCCAGCCAGCUGCCCGGGCUGGCGGCGCUCCCUCUGUCGGCAGGGGCCCCUGCCACCGCCCCCGCGGGCUCGGGCCCCGCCGCCCCGGCUGCCUUCGAGGGCCCGCAGCCCUUGUCCCGGCCGGAGUCUGGCGCCAGCACCCCCGGCGGCACUGCGGAGCCCAGCGCGCCCGCCGUGCCCAGCGCCACCCCGGCCCCUGCCGCCCCCGCCCCGGCCCCAGCGCCGCAGAGUGCGGCCUCAUCGCAGCCACAGAGCGCGUCCACGCCGCCUGCCCUGGGCCCCGGGUCCCUGCUGGGCGCGGCGCCCGGCCUGCCAAGCCCGCUUCUACCUCAGACCUCUGCCAGCGGCGUCAUCUUCCCCAACCCGCUGGUCAGCAUCGCAGCCACGGCCAACGCCCUGGACCCGCUGUCCGCGCUCAUGAAGCACCGCAAGGGCAAGCCGCCCAAUGUGUCAGUGUUCGAGCCCAAGGCCAGUGCCGAGGACCCGUUUUUCAAGCACAAAUGCCGCUUCUGCGCCAAGGUCUUCGGCAGUGACAGCGCGCUCCAGAUCCACCUGCGCUCGCACACGGGCGAGCGGCCCUUCAAGUGCAACAUCUGCGGGAACCGCUUCUCCACCAAAGGCAACUUGAAGGUGCACUUCCAGAGGCACAGGGAGAAGUACCCCCACAUCCAGAUGAACCCCUACCCAGUCCCCGAGUACCUGGACAAUGUGCCCACUUGCUCGGGCAUCCCGUACGGCAUGUCGUUGCCCCCGGAGAAGCCCGUGACCACCUGGCUGGACAGCAAGCCCGUACUGCCCACCGUGCCCACGUCGGUGGGGCUGCAACUGCCGCCCACUGUCCCUGGCGCGCACGGCUACGCCGACUCCCCCAGCGCUACCCCCGCCAGCCGCUCCCCGCAGAGGCCCUCGCCCGCCUCCAGCGAGUGCGCCUCCUUGUCCCCAGGCCUCAACCACCCCGAGUCCGGCGUGUCAGCCACCGCCGAGUCCCCACAGCCACUCCUCGGCGGGCCGCCCCUGACUAAAGCCGAGCCCCUCAGCUUGCCUUGCACCAACGCCAGGGCCGGGGACGCUCCCGUGGGCGCGCAGGCCAGCGCCGUGCCAACAUCGGUGGAUGGCGCUCCCACGAGCCUCGGCAGCCCCCCCGCCGUCUCCGAGCAGUUCAAGGCCCAGUUUCCGUUCGGCGGGCUGCUGGACUCCAUGCAAACGUCGGAAACCUCGAAGCUGCAGCAGCUGGUGGAGAACAUCGACAAGAAGAUGACGGACCCGAACCAGUGCGUCAUUUGCCACCGGGUGCUGAGCUGCCAGAGUGCGCUGAAGAUGCACUACCGGACGCACACGGGGGAGCGGCCGUUCAAGUGCAAGAUCUGCGGCCGCGCCUUCACGACCAAGGGCAACCUCAAGACGCACUUCGGCGUGCACCGCGCCAAGCCGCCCCUGCGCGUUCAGCACUCCUGCCCCAUCUGCCAGAAGAAGUUCACCAACGCCGUGGUCCUGCAGCAGCACAUUCGCAUGCACAUGGGCGGCCAGAUCCCCAACACGCCGCUGCCCGAGGGCUUCCAGGAUGCCAUGGACUCCGAGCUGGCCUACGACGACAAGAACGCGGAGAUUCUGAGCAGCUACGACGACGACAUGGACGAGAACUCCAUGGAAGACGACGCCGAACUGAAGGACGCGGCCAACGACCCGGCCAAGCCGCUCCUGUCCUACGCGGGGUCCUGCCCGCCCUCCCCGCCCUCGGUCAUCUCCAGCAUCGCCGCCUUGGAGAACCAGAUGAAGAUGAUCGACUCGGUCAUGAGCUGCCAGCAGCUGACCAGCCUCAAGUCCGUGGAUAACGGGUCCGGAGAGAGUGACCGCCUGAGCAACGACUCCUCGUCGGCCGUGGGCGACCUGGAGAGCCGCAGCGCUGGCAGCCCCGCCCUGUCCGAGUCCUCGUCCUCCCAGGCCCUGUCGCCUGCCCCCAGCAACGGCGAGAGUUUCCGCUCCAAGUCCCCGGGCCUGGGCGCCCCGGAGGAGCCCCAGGAGAUCCCGCUCAAGACCGAGAGGCCCGACAGCCCGGCCCCCGCCCCAGGCAGUGGAGGCGCCCCCGGCCGCGCGGGCAUCAAGGAGGAGGCGCCCUUCAGCCUGCUGUUCCUGAACAGGGAGCGGGGUAAGUGUCCCAGCACUGUGUGUGGUGUCUGUGGCAAGCCUUUUGCUUGCAAGAGCGCGUUGGAAAUCCACUACCGCAGCCAUACUAAGGAGCGGCCGUUCGUCUGCGCGCUCUGCAGGCGAGGGUGCUCCACUAUGGGUAAUUUAAAACAGCACUUACUGACGCACAGAUUGAAAGAGCUGCCUUCUCAGUUAUUUGACCCCAACUUUGCUCUAGGUCCCAGCCAAAGCACUCCUAGCCUGAUCUCCAGCGCCGCACCCACCAUGAUCAAAGUGGAAGUGAACGGUCACGGCAAGGCCAUGGCGCUGGGCGAGGGUCCCCCGCUGCCCGCGGGCGUCCAGGUCCCCGCCGGGCCUCAGACAGUGAUGGGCCCGGGCCUGACGCCCAUGCUGGCCCCCCCGCCGCGCCGGACGCCCAAGCAGCACAACUGCCAGUCGUGCGGGAAGACCUUCUCCUCGGCCAGUGCCCUGCAGAUCCACGAACGCACGCACACCGGCGAGAAGCCCUUCGGUUGCACCAUCUGCGGCCGGGCCUUCACCACCAAGGGCAACCUCAAGGUGCACAUGGGGACACACAUGUGGAAUAACGCCCCCGCGAGACGCGGCCGCCGCCUGUCUGUGGAGAACCCCAUGGCUCUCCUAGGGGGUGAUGCCCUGAAGUUCUCUGAAAUGUUCCAGAAGGACCUGGCAGCUCGGGCAAUGAACGUCGACCCCAGUUUUUGGAACCAGUAUGCUGCAGCCAUCACUAACGGGCUCGCCAUGAAGAACAACGAGAUCUCCGUCAUCCAGAACGGAGGCAUCCCCCAGCUCCCCGUGAGUCUCGGGGGCAGCGCCCUCCCCGCUCUGGGCACCAUGGCCAGUGGGAUGGACAAAGCGCGUACCGGCAGUAGCCCACCCAUCGUCGGCUUGGACAAAGCAAGCUCAGAAACAGCAGCCAGCCGCCCAUUCACACGGUUUAUCGAGGAUAACAAGGAGAUUGGUAUCAACUAGUCGUGACUCGCUCAUCUGCCCUGCCCAGGCCCACGUUUUGAAGUUGGAGCAUCAGGCCUCCGACCUUCCUUGCCUCGGUUCUCAUUACACUUUCACCCAUAGCAGAAAACACUUUGUGCGACUGCUGAGAGGUGGUCUUGUAAGUGCUGCAUGGCGCUCCCUUCAACAGCAAGCCUGACUGUUCUUGAGAACUCUGCAACCUUUUACAUAAGUUUCCGUCAAAAAAAAGUGCUUGGAAAACCGCCUUAGGAACAGAAAGAGCUCAGACCAUGUCCACGUCCUUUCUCCUGAAACCCAAUAAUCUCUACGAGGGAGAAAGGGGUCCCCCGCGGUAUUCCAGUGAAACUCAUUUGAUGGUUUCGUUUGAAUUAGUUAGACACUUGAACGAUGUUUGUUUGAACUCUUCAUGUUAAAGACGUGGUUUAGUACUCCCAAUGCUGUGUAUCAUGACACUAUCGUCGUCUGUAGUAUUUAUAAUGUUAAGAUUAUGCGGGUAACAGACAAUAUAAUAGCCCCGACCUUAAACGAAGCUUUUGUACUGCAGAAUACAUCUGGCUAUGUGAUUUUUUUUUUAAGCAAGAUUUGUUUUACUAUAAAUAAGUGGAUUAUUUCAAUGCAGGCAAAAUUGUGAAGUUCUGUUGGAAAAGAUAGCAUGCUUUUCAUGUGCGAGUACCUGUCAGUAAUAAGCCUUUUUUUGUUUUUUUUUUUUGUUUGUUUGUUUUUAAUUUAAAUGUUUGUAGCUGCUAUGUGGACAGUUGUUUUCUAGCGUGGUCUGUAGCCCAAUGACUGGGGAACGAGUUACAGACAAACAUCACCGUAAAUGACUCACAACAUUAUAAACAGUUGUGAGAAAAUAUUUCACAUUAUCAAAGCUGUACAAUAAAAAGGUAAUGUUUGUAUAAUGUGGUUGCAAACUCUUAAUUUAUACUAUUGCACUUUUAGUAUUUUGUAUUAGGGAGGUUUGUCUAUAAUCUGAGAAUUUAAACAGAUGUAAAGUAUUUUAUAAAUAGUACUUCAAUUUAAGGAAAAUGGGAAAACUGUUACAGUUUCUUGUUUUGUCUUAUGGUCAAACAAUAUUAGAAAUCUAUGCCACUUAAAAAGAAAAGCCACCAAGACUUGUCAGCUCCUCAGAAAAUAGGGCCUGCCGUUUCUUAAGUUAAAAUGAUUUAACUUUUCUACAAACACAAAGCCCAUUUAAAAACUGUGACCCCCCUAAUGAAACCUUGGUGAAUUCAUCCUAGGACUGUGACGUCAGUACAAGCCAGGAAGGAACUAGGAGAACCUUUUGCAGGUCUGAUUUUCCUGUAAGCGGGUCUGUCUCUCUCUCUCUCUCUCACCCACAGACAAGAUUGUGGCUGCCUGGUGGCACUGGUCACGUGGACAGUAAACCCAAGAGAAAUGGCAAGUAUCAGGCAGUACAAUCAGUCAUGACUUUGAAAUUUUCCGAGUUCCUGAUUUAUUUAUUAUCUUCUCAGAUGAAAGCAAAGCACAGUGUCCUCUGAUUUUUCAGAACAUCAGUCUGGCGCGGACGGCUGAGCUGCAUCCAGCCGGGAGGCAGGGGCAGCCGAGGCAGCGCAAACACGGCGUCGUGUGAACUACCUCAUUUUCGUGCGUUGCAAGCGUGCUGGCGUCUGACACUAUGAACUUCCAACAACAAAAUUGUUCAGGAGAUGCUCUGUCAGCUGGGUAGCAGUGCGAGGAGUUGCAUGCCUGGACAGUGAAGUCUUCUCGGUUGAGACAGAAAAAUAAAACGAUCUUCUCCUAACAACCACAGCAGCAACAACAAUCAUUGUAAGAGGAUGGGCUGUUUGUGCCAGCGUGUCACUGAACAAAAAGAGUAUCAAAGACUCAUUAACUGUUUAUUUCUAUUGGAAAUGAACACUGAACUCUACAGCUCUGUUUUCCACGGUGAUGAGAUGUAACUUGGCCCCACCGUGCCACCUCUUCUCACGGGAUGAGGGCUUGGCGUGUCUCAAGCAUUAGGCAGAGAAAACUGAGGUGGCUUGAGGUCGCUGUGUUUCAGCAGUUGAAUGUUUUCAUUAUUUAUCGGUGUCCUUUUUGGUGUGUGUGUGUGGUUUUUUGUUUGUUUGUUUUUUGGUUAGUAUUUGGUACCAUAUAGUGUUCUCUCUUCUCCCAAAUGGAUGUGUAUAUAACUAAAGAGAAAUGUAAAGUGUUGUAAAUAAGAUGGCUCAUGAAGGUACAGUGAGACUGACCCUCCUGUGUGCAGGGCUAGGCCAUCCCUCUGCAUGGUGAAGAGAGACACUAUUUUUAUACUGUAAUGCCAUGCAGGGCUGAGGCCUCUCUGAGCAGCUGGGAAUUGUUACCUAGACCCAAUAUUUUUUAUUAUUAAAUCUUGUGGCUUGACACAUCUACUGAUUGAAAUGGAUGUCUUAGUCUAGGUUACUAUUUUUGUCAUAUGGAAUUGAAUAAAAUGCAGGAUGUAAUGUUA